AUGUCUUCCCUGCUGCGUUCUCUACGCGCCCCAACACUGUCCUCAGUACCCUCCAGGGUAUCCCAGCUUCCCCAUCGCGCCUACGUCACCGAAAUCUGGAAGAACACAAAAAAAUCCGAGCUCAGCACCGCCCUCGCGCGUACCAAGGACCUCUACAAGACCUACAAGCCCGUCUCUCCAGGAAUUCGGCAUCUCCGACGACCACUGAACCCACACAUCUAUCCCGGCCGCCCCGUGCGCUUCCUCACCAUCGCGAAACGCAAGAACGGUGGGCGGAACAACCACGGGCGGAUUACGGUGCGCCAUCGCGGCGGGGGGCACAGGCAGCGCAUACGGGUGAUUGACUACAAGCGGGAGGCGCCAGGGAUCCAUGACGUGGUGAGGAUCGAGUAUGACCCGAACCGCUCCGCGCACAUUGCGCUGCUGUUCAACCGGGACCCCAAGGCGGUGGGCAACGCCAAGUGGUCGUAUAUCAUCGCGACGGAGGGGAUGAGGGCGGGGGACGAGGUGCGGAGCUUCCGACAGGGCAUUCCAGAUGGGUUUAUCCCUGGGUUUGACGAGACGGCGGGGUUCGAGGAACAGCUCGCCGAGGAGCACGCGUCGGAGGAGGUCGCUGCUGCUGCUGCUGCCGCUCGUGCUGCUGCGGAACAGAAUGCAGAGUCACUCGCUCUAGGUCUGCUUCGUUCUCUGACGCUCAAGCCAGGCAAUGUGCUCCCUCUGCGCCUCAUCCCGAUUGGCACCGUCAUCAACACCAUCUCGCUCAAGCCGAACGGACCGGGCAUCCUCGUUCGCUCUGCUGGCACGUUCGGACAAAUCGUCGCGCAGGAAGACAAGAGCCGCUACGUGCACGUCCGGCUGCAGAGUGGGGAAGUCAGGAAGGUGCUCCGAGACUGCUGUGCGACGAUUGGCAAGGUCAGCAACCCGCUGUGGAAAAACCGUUCGUUGGGCAAGGCUGGUCGGUCAAGGUGGUUGGGCAUCAGGCCAUCUGUGCGUGGUGUUGCGAUGAACGCCAAUGACCAUCCUCACGGAGGAGGACGUGGAAAAUCAAAAUCGAACAAGCAUCCUGUGUCUAUCUGGGGUUGGGGUACUAAGGGUACACGGACGAGGAAGCCAGGGUCGAAGGGACCGAAGAACUCCAACAAGAUGGUUGUUCGCGAACGUCCUCGAGGGAAGGAAAAGCGAGGACUCGCAUGA